UAUGUUUAACUUUUUAAGAUACUGCCAAGCUGUGUUCUAAAGCUGUUAUGCCAUCUCACAUUGCCACCAGCAGUAUAUUCUCCCUAUCUUUUGCAAUAUUUAGUAUGGUCAGGUUUUUAAAUUUUAACCAGGGUCCUCAGUUAAUAGAAGCAGCAGUGCCUGAGGCAGAGCAAGGCCAAGCAUUUCUAGCGGCUCCCCCAGCCAGGCCUCCUCGCCCACGGCCAGGUCACCGCCCCCAGCCUGCCCGCCCCAGCGCCCGGCGGCUCCUGUCACGGCUGGACGCGCGCCCCCUGGCGGCCCGAGCUGCAGCCGACGUGUCCGCGCUGGUACGCAGGGCGGGCGCCACACUGCGCCUGCGCCCGAAGGAGCCCAUUAGUGCGCUGGACUCUGCAGACAUAGAAGUCACAGACAGUCGCCUGCCUCGUGCCACUGUCGUGGAGCACCAGUCCCAGCACUGCAGGUCAGAGGCUCUGGGUAGGAGUACUGCACCACCUCGAGUGAGUCUGGAUAAGGCAAGCUAUGCUCGGAAGGUACCCCGGGCCUCCGAUUUGUUCUCUGUGGAGUUGCUCCGUGGGCCUGCAGGCUUUGGCCUCACCUUAAGUGGUGGCCGAGAUGGAGCUGGGGAUGACCCACUGGCAGUGCGUGGGCUGCUGAAGGAUGGGCCCGCACAGCGCUGCGGUCGCUUGCAGGUCGGCGACCUCGUGCUCUGCAUCAAUGGAGAGUCCACGCAGGGCCUUACCCAUGCUCAGGUCCUGGACCGGAUCCGUGCUGGAGGCCCCAGGCUCCGCCUUGGGCUCAGGCGGCCUCUCAGCAAGCCUGAGGAACUGGGAGGGCCCCAGAAACAAGAUCGCAGCCCAGAUCCUGGAGGUCCAGAGAGGAGGUCUCAGAGCAUCAAUCUUUCCCCAGUACACCACCCGAGAUCCAGCAGAACGCCCAAGGCCCGGGGCAUCCCGGAGCCUAGUGCAGAGGCAGUGGCCGAUGGUCCCGCGGUUCCUCCUCCAGAACUCAGCCCUGAGGACUCAGGCAGCCAUAUGGCGAGUUCCCCCGGGCCCUGGUUGGUGCCGAGCGAGGAGAGGCUCUCGCGGGCGCUAGGGGUGCCGGGGACCGCGCAGCUCGCUCAGGAGAUGGCAGCUGGAAGGCGAAGGCAUUAAGCAUACAUCAGACUGCUCUGUGCUCACUUGCUAGGGUCUCGCCAGGAUCUGUCGCAUCCCGACGACUGUGCGCUGGCGGUGCCCUGAGAGUUUCCUCUAGGUCCGGCCCCCCACUCCCUCUGCGUAGUCCACUGGCCACAUCCCCGCGCCGAGUUAGUGGUACAGCCCUCCCAGCCCCCCACCCCCGACUUCUGGUUCUGGGCGGGGAAGGUAAUAAAACGAACCUGUCCUGUU